AUGGUCCAGACAAGAGCACAAACUCGACAGGGAGGCCCUCCACCGCCUACAAUUCAACCGUUUUCAAAAGGGAUACAGAACAAUAUAAUCAACAAACCUCCUAGAAGACGCCAUGUCGGACUCAAUGUCACUUAUCCUGAAGACAAAGUUGAGGAACCAUCCGACGAAUACGAGCUAGCGAAAUCUGAAGAGCUCCCGCAUGAAGACAAGCAGCUGCACCAAACCGAACCGGCACCAGAAGACAAGGAAUUGAGUCCUUGUAAAGCCGCCCAUAACCAGAAGCACUCGAGCGCUUCUGAAACCGACAAGAUCAGUGGAGGAUAUAGCGUGUUGCCUGCCCCUAACAUUAUCGGUGUCUGCUGGGCACUCCAGCAUGUUCUCCGAGGCAUCGUGUACAACCUUACCGAUCUAGAGCUCCACAAUCUAUUCAUUGCCAUACCUCCACUGCAACCAUUGUUUGAGAUACCCAAUCCUUCUCGACCUCUGGCAUGGCAGGACUAG